CCGAAGCUGGGGCCGUCAGGCAACACCAGCCAGUGAGUGUGCGAUUGUUUUAAUAUGGCGAGGAGUUUGUUAUUGACGUGAGAAUUUCCAUUGGGUUUUCUCGACUCCAGUGCAGUCAGGAGUGUGCAAUUUUGUGACUGAGUCUCUGGCCACUCGGUCCCAGUGGAUAGUGAGCUGCGCGCCCUCGCCACGGGGCAUCGAUUGGGGCGCCAGAGAGAUAGAGUGCGAGCGCGAUGGAUUCGGUGGUGAAGAAGCCCAAGAGCGCCCCAAAUGUGCCCAAUCCACAGGCGGGCCAGAAUCUCUCGGGCCCGCGAGUGGUGACCAUCUACAAGACGGAGACGGGCUUUGGUUUCAAUGUGCGCGGCCAGGUGAGCGAAGGGGGCCAACUGCGCUCCAUCAACGGCGAGCUGUACGCCCCCCUGCAGCACGUCAGCGCCGUCCUGGACAACGGAGCCGCCGAGAAGGCGGGCAUCAAGAAGGGUGACCGAAUUCUCGAAGUGAAUAAUGUGAACGUCGAAGGAGCGACACACAAGCAAGUUGUGGAUCUGAUCAAGUCUGGUGGCGAUUGUCUCACACUCACGGUGAUUUCCGUGACACAGCAGGAAGCGGAGCGACUGGAGCCGCAGGAGGAUCCCGGAGGUUAUUCCUACAUCGACUACUCGGAGAAGCGCUCUCUGCCCAUCAGCAUUCCCGAUUACAAUGUCGUCACGCGCAACGGGGAGCGUUUCGUCGUGUUCAACAUCCACAUGGCCGGUCGGCAGCUGUGCUCUCGGCGCUACCGCGAGUUCUCGAAUCUGCACACGUCUCUCAAGAAGGAGUUCACGGGCUUCAACUUCCCCAAGCUGCCCAGCAAGUGGCCCUUUCAGCUCAGCGAGCAGCAGCUGGACGCUCGGCGACGCGGUCUGGAGCAGUAUCUCGAAAAAGUGUGCGCCGUUCGUGUGAUUGCAGAAAGUGAGUCUGUCCAGGAGUUCCUCACCGACAAUGAGGACGAUCUGUCGGCGUCACCAGUGGACAUCAAAGUGAUGCUGCCCGAUCACGAGGUCAUCACGGUGUCUGUUCGGAAGUCCGCCAAUGCACAGACUGUUUGGGACAUUUUGGUGCAACGAGCGCAUUUCACAUCCUACAUUCAGCAGUAUUUCUAUCUCUUCGAGAUUGUCGAGUACAAUUUUGAACGAAAACUGCAGCCACACGAAAUUCCACAUCAGCUUUAUGUACAAAACUACAGCACAGCCUCCAGCACGUGCCUUUGCGUGCGCCGAUGGCUCUUCUCUAUUAAUCGCGAGCUCUCACUUCCGGCUGGCGAGCAAGCCACCAAGUUCAUCUUCUAUCAGGCCGUGGACGAGGUCAAUCGCGGUAACAUUCGCGCCGACGGACGCUUGUACGAGCUGAAAGCCUUGCAGGACUCCAAGAGAGCGCCCGAGUAUCUCGCCCUGGCGAGAACUCUGCCCGGAUAUGGUGAUGUGGUGUUUCCCCAUUGCGCCUGCGACAGUCGCAAAGAUGGGCAUGUCGUGCCAUCGGUCGGAAUGAAGAGCUUCCGCCUCCAUGCAUGCCGCGAGGACGGUUCUCUGGAGACUCAGACGGUGGAGCUCACGUGGGACUCAAUUACUCGCUGGGAGAGUGACGAGGAAUCAAUGGCAUUUUGCUUUCAGUACAGUCGCAAUGACAAACCAUUGCGAUGGGUCAAAGUAUUCACGCCAUAUCAUGCCUUCUUGGCGGACUGUUUCGAUCGAAUAAUGGAGGAAAGAAAGUGGGAUGACACGGGUGAUUAGCAAUAAUGACAAAAAUAGAGAAAUUUGAGACUUUUUGCCUACACAAAAGCUCACAACACACUUGCAGUUUCCUUUUCAGACGUUGAGCAAGAGCCCAAUUUGGCUCUAAGUUGAGGAAAUCCAUGUAGCAAUUUACUGAUAACAAAUUUACCUGCAUUUUAGUGUGAAGUUUCAACCCCUAUAAAUUCCUCAAAUCUCGAAUUCUUAGCCCGGAAAGAAAGAAAAAAAAACUGUCCAUGAAAAUUCACACACUUUAGUUGAUAAAGUCAGAGAUUUAUCGCGAAUUUUGUGUCACAAAAAUAAACUAGAGGCAAUAAAAAAAAA